AUGAGUAACAUAGCUUUAUUCGCUGCUAAAAUUCUAAUAAAGAGGGUAACAGGAAGCGAAAAUGAUCCAGAUGAUGAAAUACCUGACGUCUCAACGCCUGAUGAUGACCAAUUAGAUGAUUCUAAUCCUGUGAAGGAUGAGAUAUUUUCCUCUUGGGCCCUAUUCAUUGUAAUAUUCUUGUUGUGCUCAGCACUAUGGUCAUCCUAUUUUCUUCAGCAACGUCGAAUUAAAGCUAUUCAUGAGACAGUACUAUCUAUUUUCUACGGGAUGGUUGUUGGAUUAAUUAUCAGGGUUUCUCCAGGGCAUUACAUUCAAGAUGCAGUCAAAUUUAACUCGGGCUAUUUCUUCAAUAUUUUAUUACCGCCAAUUAUAUUGAAUUCUGGCUACGAGCUACAUCAAGCUAACUUCUUCAGAAAUAUUGCAUCAAUCUUAACAUUUGCGAUUCCUGGAACCUUCAUUUCGGCCCUUGUGAUUGGAGUAAUCGUAUAUAUAUGGACUGCUUUAGGAGUAGAUGGCAUAAAGUUGGAAUUUGUUGAUGCUUUAGCUGUCGGAGCCACUUUGUCAGCGACUGAUCCAGUCACGAUCUUGUCAAUUUUCAAUGCCUAUAAGGUUGAUCCGAAGUUAUAUACAAUCAUUUUUGGCGAAUCUUUAUUAAAUGAUGCCAUUUCUAUUGUCAUGUUUGAAACAUGUCAAAAGUUCCAUGGCCACGCUGUUCAUUUCUCGAGUUUAUUUGAAGGAAUUGGUUUAUUUUUAAUGACGUUUACAAUUUCUACAAUUAUUGGUAUUCUGAUUGGUAUUCUAGUUGCAUUGAUCUUGAAGCACAGUCAUAUUAGACGAUAUCCCCAGAUUGAGACUUGUUUGGUGCUAUUAUUUGCAUACCAGUCAUAUUUUUUUUCGAACGGAGCACAUAUGUCAGGCAUAGUUUCCUUAUUAUUUUGUGGCAUCACUUUGAAGCAUUAUGCCUAUUUCAACAUGUCGAGAAGGACUCAAAUUGCAACCAAAUAUGUUUUUCAAUUAUUGGCACAAUUAUCCGAGAAUUUCAUUUUCAUUUAUCUUGGAUUGUCUUUAUUUACAGAGGUGGAAUUAGUUUUUAAACCUUUGUUAAUAAUCAUCACUUUUAUUCUGAUUUGUGUGGCUAGAUGGCUGUCUGUUUUUCCUCUUUCACGAUUGUUGAACUUCUUAUAUAGAGCAAAAUUUGAGAGGCUAGUCAACAGGCCUACAACAAUGUCUGAUCUCGCGUAUCAGCAAGUACCGGAUGAAAUCAGUCAUUCGUAUCAGAUGAUGAUAUUUUGGGCAGGCUUAAGGGGAGCAGUUGGUGUUGCAUUAGCGAUGGGGAUACAAGGAGAAGCUAAAUGGACAUUAUUGGCUACUGUACUUGUUGCUGUUGUAUUGACUGUGAUUCUUUUCGGAGGAACUACGGCCUCUAUGCUUGAGAUCUUGGGUAUCAAAGUCGGCUGUGUAGAUGAGAGUAUAGAUUCGGAUGAUGAUUUUGAUAUUGAGGCACCUAGAUUACCUUAUGCUAGCCCUACCACUCCAAACUUCAUUUUGGGAAACAGAAGGUUUGCAAACUCUUCUUCAAAUUUUGGUACACAGGUUUAUCCUCAUGAUACAGUGAAAUCUGGUGCUGUAUCAAAUGCUAGCUUAACAUCUUUUCAAAAAAACACGGGUAUUCAAGUAAUGCCAACGGCCAAUUCUACAGAACUAGUGAAGCCUGAUGAUGACGAUUUGAUAUCAAGUGACUUGGAUGACUUAAUCCCGAAUGCGUCUUCUAGUGGACCUGCAACAUCAAAUGGACUCCCUAUUGAUAAUCCAAGUGGAAUUUUUGGUGGAUUUUUAGGCGCUGAAGAUCAUGCCAAAUGGUUUACGAAAUUUGAUGAACAAGUGCUCAAGCCUGUCUUGCUUGACACAUUACCAAACCUGAGUAAGAAAAAUUACAAAAAUGAAAGCCCACAUGAAGAUUCAUAG